AUGACCGAGGUCUCUGUUGACGAGAUGUUCGAUCGCUUCAUCCCCGGUGGUGAGCCAACUGAUGCGGAGAAGGAGACUUUCUUCUACAAUGACGGCAUAAACAACGUCGGAAAGGAGUUUCAGCUCUACCGUACUGUUUGUCAAAUUGUGCGAUCGAUUGCGGAAAACACCCCCGGCAGCCCACCUUUCUUCGCAGUGGAUAUCUCAUCUCGAGGUGUCCCGGAGUCGGAGGAUAAAGAAGACGCAAAGACUUUGCUCACGCCUGACGUCGGGAUCUAUCCAGAUACCGCUGACGUUCGACAAGCCGUCCUCCUUGGUUCCAACGAUAAGAAGAGCCGCCUCUAUACCGACGAGGAUUUUAAAGGCAGGCGGAAGGAAAGACAAAAGUCCAUGAGCGUGGCACAGAAAUUCGAGAACAACGCACGCCUGCAGUGGUCCGGAAGGUGUUCAUGGGCCGACCUGAUGGUUCCCGUCGAGGCCAAGAUCGAGCAUCGGCACUCCGCCUUCGAGUUUCUGCAGCCACGGAAGAAGGCACUCACUCGGCAUACUUCGAAAGAUGGUAAAGAUGCAUUGGGCCAAAUCUCCACCUACAUCGCUGAAAUCCUUGGGCGUCAACACCGUGUUCACGUGUUUGCCCUCUACCUGUUCAGGGGAUACGGCCGCAUACUCUUUGUCGACCGUGGCGGGUGGAUCGUUUCGAAGCCGUUCAUGUAUGGCACUCGAAACGACUUCGCACUGCACCGUUUCCUCUGGAGACUUGCCCGCAUGCGGCGCGACGAACAAGGCUACGAUGCCUCUGUCAGGCGUGCGAAUGCGGACGAGAUUCAAAGGAUGCGAGACUACGCGCCUCGGGCACGCACGCCAUAUCUUCGCAGCUGUGUCUACCGUGCCCUGUCGUUGGACGAGCAGCAAUUGAAGCCGUUGACUUCCCAGUGGCCUGUCUACGUGGUGACGAUGGGGGUGCGGCAGCUAGUCAUUGGCAAGCCAUCGUCGUGGAGCCAGCCAAUCGUGUCCCGCGCAACACGAACCUACGUCGCCUUUGACUUGCGCGAUGAACGACUUCUCUUCCUCAAAGAUGGAUGGCCUUCGUCGGGACAUGGUCGCCUCCCACGUGAACACAUUGUUUACGAGAGGCUGCAACGGGCGAAUACUGUGGGCAUCCUCCCUUGUUUGGGAGGCCAGGAUGUCGUCAGCCAGCCAGAAAACAAUGUUCAGCUAACAAGAGCACACCCGGAGGAUCAUACUGGACUACGGCGUGUGCAUUACCGCAUCUUGCUCGGUCGUGUCUGUCGCCCGUUGUCGGAUUUUGGCGAUUUCCAAGAGCUGACCCAAAUACUGACUGCUGCUCUGCGAGCCCACCAGAGCGCCUGGAACGAUGCUGGCGUUCUCCAUAGAGACAUCAGCUUUGAUAACAUCCUAAUAGACGAGUUCUUGCCAGCCGAACUUGAAAUCAAUAUGAUACAAGGCGCCGAAGACGGCACACAACUCUUCCGGAUCGGUGUACUCGCUGACUGGGACUUGUGCAAAUAUAAAGAAGAUAUGGUCACGGGUGACGCACCACAACAACCGGACCGUAUAGGAACGUGGUACUUCCGGUCAGCUCAAUCACUUCAGUACCCUCUCAAACCGUAUGGGAUCGACGACGACAUUGAAUCCUUUAUCCAUGUCUACCACUAUGCUAUUCUACGCUUCCAUCGUACCGAUCGAAAACACACCUUGGCGCUAUAUGUUGAAGAGGUGUACGGGCAAGAAUUCAUACGCCCCGCAGACAAGAUUCACGUCGGUGGCGAAUCCAAGCUCAGAAACAUGCGGUCCCAGGCUCCGCCCUUCGAAGCGGAGGAGAACAACACAUUGAACGCGUUCUUGCGGGACCUCGCGGGCCUAUGUGCUGCUCACUAUGCCACUAUCGACUUCUCCUCGUACAACACAGCAUACGGGGUUCCUAUUCCGGACUCAGACGAGUCUACAACCGAUACCACUGCCGCGAGCAAAACGCAAGUAUACAACAAAACCUUAGAUUUCCUCGCCAUCCUGAGGGCUCGCACCGUCACCACUACUCAGUCGACCAGCCAGACCGUGACACCGAAGAUGACUUCGGCGAGCGGCGACAGUGUCCCUUCGAUUGCGACAUCUUCGUUAGCCUCGAGCUCAAGCAAACGACCUGCUAUCGAGCCCGUCUCCGCGUUCAAAACCCAUGAUCAACUCUUCCAGCUCUUUCUCAAGUAUAGCGGGUACGAAGGUGUGGAGGGCGCAGAUGUCCGAAUGGUGGCCUGGCCGCAGCGGGACUUGUACAAGCAUAUCGACCAGUUCCAGGCGAGUGGCAUGAUGGUCAGUAGCGAAUCCUCGGAGUCCGGCGUGCACGAUCUGACUUCGAGAGACAACACGAGCGAGAUGUCCAAGAGUAAUGACGGCUCGGCCUCGGAGUACGAGUCAGGAUUAAGCAAGCGGUGA